AUGACCAGCAAGGAUGUUGAACUUAAUCCUUUAGUUAAUCAACCAGUUGAUAAAAAGUCAAAGCAAGUAGUCAACAAAGAAAUUCCAGUCGCUCAGCUUGGAAGAACAAAGCUGAAGGAUUCUGAAGCGUUCAAUGAUCGAACUGCAAAUAACCUGUUGGAUAAACAUUUGAAGAAGAAAGGUAAACCCAGUCCGGUCUUUUUCUUAGUGGAUAGAAUGCGAUUUAAGAAGAAGGGACACCACGAAUAUCUGAACUACAGGGAAGUUCACAGUUUUCACAAAUUCGCGAACCAUCCAAACGUGUUCAUGCUUUUCGUCAUUGAAGAGAAGAAGGGCAAACGAAGCUAUGAAACCUAUUCUUGUAACAACUCUGCAGAUGUACAGUGCAUUCGGGAUAUGAUAGGCACAAUCCAGGACGAUCCAAAACGAUUGCUGCAAGGUCUUGGACCAGUAAGAGUGGUUUCUCUCUCUUCUUCGUCGAGCUCCGAGUACCACAUUGAGAGACGAUUAUCAAACCGAUCAUCACAGUCUAGAUCGGUUGCGUAUCGGCCGUAUUCACAACAAGAACCCGCUGAAUACCUUUAUAUUGUGGACCCGGAACAGUCAACAGGCCAACAGACAUUACAACCAGUACAAAAAAGAGUAUCGAAUGGAAUAAUCAAUUCAAGAAUGAAUAGCUUCAAUGGGUCUCAAGCCCCGGACCAUGGACCAGUUUAUGUGUACGGGUCUCGCUCAUCUAGGAAUCUAUACAGGGAUGGAUAUUCACCCGAAUAUUCUCGCCGGAAAUACUGCUGA